GUUGCCAAAGAUGGAGUGGCAGAAAGAAAGAAGAGUAAAAAACAUCAGGUAAUGCUUAAUCAAGCAAUUUUAAGUUCGGUUGAGCACUCCACACUCCUAUCUUCUCUACAUAUUGUUAAACGGCGUAAACAAGAAUCAAACAGCCAUGAGUUACUCCAGAUGGGUUUUCUUGAUUUGCAUUGCUUCCUUGUUUUACUACAAACCCAUUUCAGCAGACUCGAAUCCAACUCCAAAAGAACUCUCCGAAAUCCCCCAAAAUUUCCUCAACCUCGCCAAAAAAGCCGAGACCUUUGAUUGGAUGGUGAGAAUUAGGAGAAAAAUACACCAGAAUCCGGAGCUUGCCUAUCAAGAAUUCGAGACCAGUAAUCUAAUCAAGCAAGAGCUUGAGAAGAUGGGGAUUUCAUGUAAGCACCCUGUUGCUGGAACUGGUUUGCUUGGAUUUGUCGGUUCAGGGCAGCCCCCUUUUGUUGCAAUUAGGGCAGACAUGGAUGCACUUGCUCUGCAGGAAAUGGUGGAAUCUGAGUAUAAGAGUAAAAAUGAUGGGAAGAUGCAUGCUUGUGGGCAUGAUGGUCAUGUUACAAUGCUUCUUGGAGCUGCGAGGAUUCUACAAGAGCAUCACCAUUUGUUGAAGGGAACCGUUGUUCUUGUUUUCCAACCAGCUGAAGAAGGAGGUGGAGGAGCAAAGAAGAUGAUCGAAUCUGGAUCUAUCGAUAAUGUCCAGGCAAUAUUCGGCCUGCAUAACGACCCUCUUGUGCCUCUCGGUCAGGUGGCGUGCAGGCCUGGUCCGAUCGCUGCUGGCAGUGGCAGGUUUCAAGCUGAGAUAAGUGGAAAAGGCGGCCACGCAGCCAUUCCCCAGCAGGCAAUCGACCCCAUACUAGCUGCUUCGAAUGUGAUAGUCAGCUUACAACAGCUUGUCUCCCGGGAAUCUGAUCCUCUCGACUCUCAGGUGGUUACAGUUGCUAAAUUCCAAGGAGGAGGCGCAUUUAAUGUCAUUCCGGACUCAGUUGCCAUUGGUGGCACGUUUCGUGCCUUUACAGUGAAGAGCUUACUGUAUCUGAAGCAGAGAAUCGAGGAGGUCAUUGUCGGGCAAGCUGCUGUGCAAAGAUGCAACGCGACCGUCACCUUCAACAACGAAGACGUGCCCAUGUAUCCCCCUACCGUGAAUGACAAAGAGCUCCACAAACACUUCCAACGAGUUGCAGUCGACAUGCUUGGCAUUUCCGAAGUUACAGAUUACAAUCCUGUGAUGGGAGCAGAGGAUUUCUCCUUUUACCAGGAGAGGAUACCUGGUUACUUCUUUAUACUCGGAACAAAAGACGAGGCAGCACAGGAACGGCCAGCUCUGCUGCACUCGCCUUACUACAAUUUCAACGAGGACGCGCUUCCUGUUGGCGCUGCCCUACAUGCAUCACUGGCUGUUAGGUACCUUCUUGAGAGCCAGACGGGAAAUCCAACUGGUAAUGGACACCGCCACGAUGAGCUGUGAUCUAUGUCGAUGAGUCACAUACAAUCUCGGUCUGAGUUUUCGGCCAAAAUGGAAUGCAGGUAACAUCUUUUCAAUAACCCUGAGCAAGUGUUGAAGAUGCAAGAUAUAUAGCCUUGUUUGAGUCCUCAUUGUGUAAAUUUGUGAUAUUAGGAGUGUUUGAUUAGUUGAAGAAUAAAAUUUGUGGUUAGACUUGUCAUAUAUUGGACCAGAGCCAUGGUUUUCUAAUUAUGAAUUCAAAACAUGUAUACACUGAGAAAAGAAACCAUGGAUAACAUAAUACGAACGCAACUUAGUUGGUA